CGACACACAAACGCAAACACACACACACAGCACUUCAGCAGACGGACGGAGGAAUAAAGCAAAGAGGAACAGUCGAGAAAACACCAGAACAAUCAAAGGGAGGGCAAACGAAAGUAAAGACCUGCAGGAGUCAGGCAGAAGAAAGAGGUGCUGUGUGCUGUGUUAAAGUGAAACCAAACUAAGCAAACUAAGAGAAAACCCUGAAGCAUGGCACCAAAGAAGAAGGCCCCUCGCCCAAAGAAGGCCGCCGAAGACACCAUCACUCAGGUUGCCAUAGAGACCAGCUCUGUCGCCUUGAAGGUGGAGAGCCGUGGUGACGGUGUGGUGGUGGUUGAGAGCGGGGUAAAGAAGAUCGAGCAGAUGGCAGCCCUGGACAUCGCACAGCUGAACAGCCUCAACCUGCAGCUGCCACCGCCUGCCAUCAAGCCAGGGGAGCGUGGCUUCGGCCUGGGCAGCGAGCUCACUCGGCCCCUGCAUGGCAACGCACUGCUGGAGGAGCUCAGCAAGAUGCGCCAGGAAAAGUUCCUGACUGAUCUGGAGCUGGCCUGUAAGACCAAGGCCUUCGACGUCCACAAACUGGUCAUUUCCUCCAUCAGUCAGUACUUUAGAGAGAUUCUGGCCAAAGACCCUGGAAUGAAGCGUCUGGAGCUCCCCUCACUCUCACCUCUGGGUCUAGCCAAUGUCAUCACUUUUGCUUACCUGGGCCGCGUCCACAUGUCCCUCUACACCAUCGGCUGCACUGUCUCUGCCGCCACUGCAUUGCAGAUCCCGCAACUCCUCAAGAUGUGCAUGGACUUCCUGCUGGCGGAGCUCAACAUUCAGACCUGCGUCUACGUCUGGAACAUCGCCGCCGCCUACGGCCUGCUGCCUGUGUGCGACGCUGCCCGCCGCUUUGUCCUGGAGAACUUUGUGCAGUUCUCAGAGACGCCGCUCUUCAUGCAGCUGACCCUGGAGCAGAUCUCUGCUUUCCUUCAGGACAACUCGCUGGUGUUGCCCUCAGAGGUCAUGGCUUUCCAGCUUGCCAUGAAGUGGCUGGACUUUAACGCCUCCCGCCAGGCUCACGCUUCUGACCUUCUGUCACAUAUUCGUUUUGAGACCAUCCCAGCCAGCGAGCUGGUGAGCCAGAUCCAGCCGGUGCCUCGCAUGAUGCUGGAUCCACAGUGUCACCGCCAGCUGGUGGACGCCAUGAACUACCACCUGCUGCCCUACCAGCAAAACACCCUGCAGUCCAGGCGCACGCAGGUCCGGGGGGCCCAGCCGACUCUGCUGACCAUCGGAGGACGCCCGUCUCUCACAGAGAGGGCUCUCAGCCGAGAGGUUCUGUGGAGGGACCCUCGUGACAGUGGUGCCACCUGGCGCCACCUGACCCAGCUGCCAGCGAAGAGCUUCAACCAGUGUGUGGCUGUGAUGGAUGGCUUCCUGUACGUGGCUGGAGGAGAGGACCAGAACGACGCCCGGAACCAGGCCAAACACGCCGUCAGCACCCUCAACAGAUAUGACCCCCGCUUCAACACCUGGCUCCACCUGGCAAGCAUGCGUCAGCGCCGCACCCACUUCUCCCUGGCAGCCAGCGGUGGCCGCCUGUACGCCAUCGGUGGCCGUAACGUCGAGGGCCUGCUGGCCACCACGGAGAGCUACCUGCCCUCCUCCAACACCUGGCAGAUGCGUGCCCCCAUGGAAGCGCCCCGCUGCUGCCACUCCAGUGCCACUCUGCCCUCCGGAGACAUACUGGUGACCGGUGGGUACAUCAGCUGCGCCUACUCCCGCUCUGCCUCAUGCUACAAUGUAGAGACCGACACCUGGAGCGAGAAAACCCCCAUGGAUACGCCCCGCGGCUGGCACUGCUCCGCCACCCUGGGUGGGAAGGUGUAUGUGGUGGGAGGAAGCCAGCUCGGACCUGGUGGAGAGCGGAUCGAUGUGCUCUCAGUGGAAGUCUUCAGCCCUGACAGUGGAGCGUGGAGCCGGGCGGCACCGCUGCCCUUGGGCGUGAGCACCGCUGGCCUCUCCCUGCUGGGUGAGAAGCUGUACCUGCUGGGGGGCUGGAACGAGGCAGAGAAACGCUACAAGGCAGCCGUGCAGAAGUACGACCCGGCCACAGAUAGCUGGUCGAAGGGGGAGGAUCUACCAGAGCCCACAGUGGGAGUCUCCUGCUGCGCCCUGGCGCUGCCACCCCGCCACGCACCCCGCCGACAGCUGCACCGCAACACCCCGGGACACGAGGAGCAGAGCCCGGCCAGAAAGAACCGGAGCAGAGAGAGCAGCGCGAUCCCAGCACAGGUCCAAAGUGCAUGAAAACACAGGAGAAACAUCAGGCAACAUCUGGAUCACCAGAACAUUUCCUCUGCCAGUGACCCCUUAAAUCAAAAUUAUCCGGAAUGUGAAAAAGAGGGACUCCAAUUUUUUUAUGUUUCUUCAGAAGUUAAAAGCCUUUAAGAACCAGAAUGUUAAACAGGACUUCCACCCACAAGUCAGAGGGCUAAAAACGGUACAAUCAUAAUUAAAAGACAACUGGGAACGCUUUUCAAACAGAAAAAUAGAUAAUCGGAGUGGGACUUCAAUGUCAAAACAAGGCAAAGUAAAACUUAGGCUUUUAUUCCAUUUUUGAAUCCAGUGAAAAAUUAAAGCAGCAUCAAGCGGAAUCAUUUUAAAACACAUUACUGCUGAGUUAGCAUUUAUAAUAAAAUAAUUAUACAAUGUUUUGAAUAUUUUUUAUUUUUAUGGUCCUGAGUGGAGGAUUUAGAGAGUACAAAAGCAGAGGGGGUAAAGGUGGAUGAAAAGAGGAGUUGAGCAGGUGAAGUUGAAGCAAGCACGAUGGCAAAAGAUGGAAAGACAGAAACAGAUGAUCUGUGACCGUGUUCAGUGUGAAACUGCUGUGAGCCUGUGUGCAAAGGCAUUUAUGGUGACUUAGAGGAGCAUGAAUGUGUGUGUGUGUGUGUGUGUGAGGCAGUGUGUGACUGCUACAGCACAUGACUGCUACAGCACAUGAGCCAGUUUCUGUUUCAAUCAAAAAUCCUGCAAUAACAUCAAAACAAACUUGAAAUUUUCCCAAGAUUUCAGUGCAGGCCUGUUAGGAACGACCACAGAGGGUUAAAUGUGAAAUAAAGUGGCACAAAGGUGGUAAAAAUAUUAAAAAAGUAUAUAUAUUUAACAAACAUCUGUUUCAACUGUUUAUUUUCUGUGAAAAAAGCAAAAAUGCGUUAAAAAAAGCUGUUGUCCAUCUUAAUCUUUGGAGGUUAAAUCGAUUGAUUUCUGUAUUUGAACUGCAAAGGUGAAGUUUCACUGAAAUUAAAUAAAGACUAUCUCAAUCAAA